CGGAAGUAAACAAAAACGAAUAGUCAGAGCUCUGCAGUUGAAAAUGAAGCUCCGUUUGAAGUUUGGUCUGGAAACAAAAGUUCAAGAAUUAGAUGAUGCAUGCUCAGUGUCAAGCCUUUAUAAUGUUGUGUAUGAACUGUUUCCGCAACUGAAAUGUGAAUUCAAGUUAAGUCUUAACAAGAAAGAUGCAUUGGAAGAUAACAAGACUCUGGCUAGCCAAGGAAUUGUGUCUGGGGACCUUGUUUAUGUGGUGACCUCGGUGAAUGACGAUACAGCCAAACCUGUCUGUAAACAGCAACUCUUGUCUAAGGAGUGGACAGAUUCUGUUCAGCAGACAUCCGGAGUAGAUAGUCAGGGUAACUUUACACAGACAGUACGUACUGGGGCUGCAUCUGCCUCAAGCUCCUCUCAUGCAAACAUAAAUGUCAGUUUAGCAGCAACAUCACAACUUUCCGAAGAAUGCUCAAACUCUGACAACAUUACAACUUGUAGAGGUCUCAACCAGCAAUCGAUGUCAAGCUCCUCGGAGACAAGCACUCAAGGUCAGCAGGAAUCUGAAAUGGACACACAUGAACAGAUGACAAACAUCAUAGAGGAACGUGUGGACCAUGCUGUGGUCAACAGAUAUUUGAACGAACCUGUGUUAUGUCGUGAGAGCCAUGGGCUGGUAGUUCCAGCCAUGCUUAGCGAUGUGUAUCAGACUGCUGGGAUCUCGUGUUCUGCCGAGGCCAUGUGUACAGUUCUACAUGUCCUGAUGCUGGAGACAGGAUAUACAACUGUUAACAAGAAAUCUUCUGUUCCUACAACUUUGACUGAAGAGCAGGUUGUCUCUCAGAAAACCCCAGACACUGGUACUUUACAUACUAGCUGUGAUGAAACUAUUGCUGACAAUUCCUUCCCUGACAGAGAAAUGCCUGUGGGAUGGCGUGACAAGCCUGGCCAGUACUCCCUGACCUACACACAUGUACAGCCCAACUGUACGGAGGAGAACCCAUGUUUUGUUGUUACCUGUGUCAGUAUGGGUACAGUCCUGGUGGUGCAUGGUCGACUAAGAGGAACUGAGGACAACUGGUCAUGUCACGUAAACCUGAACACAAAAGAUUUCAUCAGAAACACAGAUCAUAAAGGAGCUUGUGGCUGUUAUCAAAACUUAAAGAAGUUGUCUAGGGUGUUCAAGGAUUCCAUAGCCCUACCCAUGCUGCAGCAACACAGAACAGGACAGGGGCUUCCUCCUCUCUAUGGAAUCUUCGCCGUCAGCCAUGAAGUCAAGUUGAAGAUCCUGGGAAUGUUGGAUGUUGUGAGUUUGCUGAAGUUGUCGGAGACUUGUAAAGAGUUUAACCAUUUGUGCAAGGACAAAUAUGUCUGGAGACGAAUUUACCUGAAGGAUUUUGGCAAUCGAAAUAACAAUACUUUGGCACAAGACUGGAGUAGACUGUACAGACAAGAGUACAAGUUGAGGAAGGAGAGGAGAAGAAUAUGGAAUAGAAACCCAAUGCCAAUGUUUGGUCCGCCAGUGCUCCCUUCCUUUGGAUUACCUCCCCCUGGACCAUUCCAUCCUGGCUUUCUAAACGGGGACCAUGACCUUGAUCCAGUUACUGGCCCUUUCGAUUGGAGACUGAUGCCAAAUUCACAGCGUAAUCAGCCGGGCAGUGCCUUAUUCCGUCCCCGGUUUGACCCUGUGGGGCCCUUACCUGGUCACAAUCUCCUACCAGGGAGGAGCAGUAGUCAUCGAGAUAGAAGGGGGCCUUUUGGUGGAGGAUUUGGUGGAAGGCGGAUGUUCUAGGGACAUUGUGCUUUAAUAUGUCAAAAUAUGCAUUAUAUAUACAUACGGUAGACUAAAAUUUUCAUGAUUUCACUCUCGUGUGUUCAUUCUGUUUAUUUAUCAAUAGGCACUGUAAGAAUUACUUGAUGUCACUUAUGUAAAAAUAAAUAACUGAUCAACAGAACUUGACAAAGUAAAUGCUUUUCUGUUCAGUAUUCCAUAUCAUAGUGAAUUAAGAAAUAAAUUUCAAGGAGUAAACAGUUUUUACCAAAGUAUUGACCGGAAACCAGUACAUAUAUAUAUAUAUAUAUGCUUCCCAAUCCUAUUACUUGGCAGUAACUCCCCUAAUCUUGGAAAGAAAUUGUAAUACAAUGUACUGGGAUAAAUAAACAAGAGGCCCAUGGGCCUUAAUGGUCACCUGAUAUAUCUAUACA